AUGUCCAAAGACGCCAAAGACCCAAAACAUAGAUUUGAGAACUCCCGCCAGCCGCAUAGAAAAGACUCGCUGUCCUCCAUUCUUUCGUGGGCCGCAUUGCAUGGCAAGAUCACGGCUUCCAAGACAUCGCCAUUGUCUUCGUCUGCUUCGCAAUCACCUCAGACAUCCCUUGGCAACGGCAGUUCCAAACGGCGAAGGCACAGCCAUAGCGCUAGUACCGAGACAAAACCGAAGGCACGUAGAGGUUCCACCACAUUGCGGAACUUCUCGCUUUCGAAUCCGGCGGCGAGCCAGGCUGGGGCUGGUACUAAGACGAGACAUGCAAAGACUUCUAUGGCGCCCGAUCCGAAAGCUUCUCCGGGAAUCUCCAAGACAGGAAGUGAUGACUUCUCAGAGAAGGUCAACGAGACCGCCUCCCCAGGCUCAGGUGGAAAGGACACGACACAGACUCGGAUCGCGCAAGGACCUCAAGACAAGCCAAGGUCUGCUAGUGCUCCGAUUCCCAUCAAGUCCAUUCUGCGUGUCUCAAGCCCAGACGGAUCCAAGCGGCCAAAGCAGUUCGUCAAUCCGGAGAGCCGCGAGCCGACGAGCCCAGGACUGCCUGCUUCCAGCCCGGAGACGGGAGGAGGCAUGUCGCCAGCCUCAUCACCGGGCUCCGAUCUGACGUCGCCAAUGAGCAGACCCAUGUCCCCAGGCGCGACCGUCCGCUUCGCCAAAGCCACGAUCCACCGGGUCGAGGUUGGCCCAGGCCGGCGCUUCCUCCCCGUCAAGCGCAAGAGCAAGAGCACCGUGACCUACAUCUCGCCGCUCGACCCGGGCCCGCAAAAGAGCGCCCCCAAGACGAUGCUGCAGAGCCCCACCAAGCUGCGCCGCCACCAGGAGAACCAGAAGGCCAUGGGCCGCUACUGGAUGCGGACCGAGGAGGAAGAGGCCCAGUGGAGAGCGGAGGCCGAGCGCAGAGCCCAGGAGGAGGCCGAGCGGUACCGCAACGAGCCCGCCAGCCCGCCGCCCGCGUCUGCUUUGCCCAAGGCAGCUGUUGAGGGCUCACUGGCGGAUAAGGUCAAGGCCAUCGACAAGCUGGCGCCCCUGGAGAGCGAUCCGUCCAAGGAUAAGGUGGAUGAAGAGUUUGCGGAUUCGGAGAUCUGCGAUUCCGACGAGGAUUCGGGGGUGGAAUGUGGUCAGGGGGCGGGAGAAACAGAAUCCGUUGCGUCGACGGAGUCAGCCCAGGACAGAAAGGUAGUUUACAGGCCCGAGACAGCCGGAGCGGAAAAGGGGGGUGCGGAGAAUCCGAAGGUCACCGACGUGCAAGCUCGGCUUUCUGUGGCAGGGCCAGAUGAAGCCAAAACUACCCCUACUCCCACCGAGAAGGCCAAUAACAAAGCGCCCAACUCAGUUCCGGAAAUCGCAAUUGCUGCAACCAGCGCAUCCAUGGCAGCGGAAGCUCAGCCAUCAGCAAGAAAGGAUGCCAAUCAGGCGGAAUCCGGAUCGUUCUCCGGAAGGCUAGCAGAGAAGCAAGCGGGAGAAGAGGAAUCAAAACAGGUAGCAAUCCCAGUCGGUGCAUCGAAGGCAGAUGUGAACGAACCGAGCAAAGGAAGUUCGGCCCACAUCUCCUCCGACUCACCCUCAAGGGAUAAGCCAGAAGAAGCACAGAGAAAGGCCGAGGCUAGAAUCAUCACCGACCACCAGAGCUUCUACUUCCUCAUCAUAUUCGUCCAAAUCAUCAGCGGGAGUUAG